ACCCACAUUAUAAUCACAAAACAUGUGAUGCAGGUAAGUUUCUUUCUCGGCAUCCAUGAUUGUAUAACUUGUCACUGCAUGAGUGGGAUUAUCCAUUGUGGUUUUCAGUUCAGGUGAACAACUUACUUCCUGCUUCACUUGUAGCACCACAACUUAUUACAAAGACAUAUUGUCACUCAUACAGGAGAAAAAUCAUCCUCUAGCUAAUAAAGAGUUGCUGUAUUUUGCAUUCACAUUGGUGUCUAUUGUAUUUUCUUUUUAUCAGUUCUUGGUGUAAACAGCUUUAAUUUCAGAGAGCCACACUCCACUCAGGAUAUGAGUGAGGGAUUAUCAUCUGACAUUUGUGUCUAUGUUCUUCCUCCUUGUAACAUGAUACACCUACAAAAACUUCCUGUUUUUUUUCAGUAGUGCACCGACCAGCACUAAAACGGCAGAAAUAAAACUGCUGAACAAUCUCUCACCAUUUUGGAUGUGGAUGAUUACAAUUGAUGCUAUGAAGUAUUCAUAUUUCAUUAUAACUGUCAUCAUACUGUGAGUUCUGCAGUUUGGUUUUAUGUUACAUCAGAAAACUAAUGGCGGAGUUUUAGAAAGAGGAAGUAGACAUUGUAGAACAAAGGGCGGGAUAUUUGAUUCUGGCAACUUCUUUUUUUCAUUCCCUCGGAAUCACUUACUGUAUAAUGAAUGCUGAGCAGAUGGAGACGAGAAAGGGAGAAUUACUGAAGGAGGAAUAUUUUUUCAUAAGGAAUGCUGACAUUAUUAUCAAGAAAAUGGUGGAGCUGAACGUCCAUGCUGAUUCAAAUCAUGCUACACUGUUAGUGGAUGAGAUUCUUCACAGUAUCUUCUUUUUGGGAAAGAUCAAGACUCCACCACUUACCCCUAAAGAUAUUGUGACUGAUGAUGAGAUGUAUGAUGCGCUGAAGUACGACUACCCUCGGCCUUUUGACCUUUAUUCUUCUCAACUGCCCAGGCGGAGUCCAUUUUCGUGUGUGCUAGACAUGAUUGUCCACCUGGAAGGACAAGAGAAUAAAGACAUGAUAAUAAAGAAACUGCAACAGCUCAUCCAUCGACUGAAGGAGGGUAAUACAGAUGAACUGGUCCCAUCCACCAUCUGCAUCUCUCAGAACACCAACAUCCUGAAUGCAGUCAGACACUAUGGAGUCUCCAUGUCCACUUCUGGCGCAAAUCCCGGGCAAAUUAUGAUUGCUGCCUCCUGUUUUGGCAUCUGGGAUGAUUAUGUAGCUGGUGCAGUGAUGACCUACUAUCCAAACAAGGUCAAGAAGUCAUAUUUUGAUGGAACAAUCAUACUUCCAAAGAAUAUCAGGUGUGAGGCGUUUAAUCUCAAUACAGGAGAGCAAAAGCCUUCUUGCAUAUCAUGUGUGAAUUUGUUUGGUUUAAACUUACAAGUGGCUUACAAGGAGUGGCCUUAUGGUAACUGUGCUGAAGCUGAGAGUGUGAGCAACUUGCUCAAAAACGAGGAAGAUGUUAAAUUGCAAGCACAACCAACAUCUGAGACAUGCACAGAGAAGAACAGGCUGAUAGCUAAAGAAGAUGUUUUGAAACAUCUUAAAAGUGUGCUGCGCAUGAUGAAAUUUAAAUGGGAUAAUAAUUUCUACACCCCACAAGUGGAAAUAUUGAAUAUUUAACAAAUUACAUGGUUAUGGUCAUUUAUCACAUGUGGUGGCUUUAAAAAUAUAUUACUUAAUGGUUCAUGUGCUGAUCUUGUUGUUUUAAUAAAAUCAAACUGAUUUUAACCAACUUGUGUUUAUUUUAAUUCCUGCAAC